UUGCCAUGGAGCAGCCCUUGCGUUGGAAGAGCGGGAUGCUCAAUCCACCAGCAGGCUCUGUGGUGGAGCUGCCCUUGCCAGACAUUGAGAUGCAAGAACUGGAGCUCUUGAUGACCUACUAUGGCUGUAUACGACAAGCGCAGGAGGAUCGUCGCAACGGGAUCGAUGAUGGCAUUGCAGUGGAUGUCCCCGAGUGGGCGUCCAACCUAUUGCUUAGCAGUGGUUUUGGUUGGACAGUGCCACGAAUCCAAGCUCUGGUGACUUCUGUUUGCGGCGAAUUGGAUCCCGAGCCAGACACGGAGGAGUUGCCAGACGACUCACCAGACGACUCACCAGACAACCCAAACUUCCAAGAGGAUCUUCCACCGAGCCACGGUGAAAUUGCAGUGGAGGCAGACUCAAUGGAAUUGCAAAUGUCUCAAGACGAGCCAAGGCCUUCCCUGGAGCAAAGACCUCCAGACCUUCAAGGCCUUCGAAAGACACGUUGGGGCCGGUGCAUGGCACCCUGGUGCCGAAACUUGGCUCUGCAGCCAGUGCUGGGCAGCCGAGGACCAUUUCUGAGUUGCUCUGCCAAGAGCGGCUGCCGCUUCAAGAAGGAGUUGACAGUUGCGCAGUGGCGGACGUUACCGAAGAAGUGGCUGAAUUUUUGGCCCGUCUCUUGGGCUGGAGUCAAGCCGUGGCUUCGACCCAAGAGGCGGCCGUCAGAUGGUGGACGCCAAAGUUUGCGGGGAUCAUGUGACCCAAGUCAAGGAAUACGGUACUCGUAG